AUGGCGAGAGGUAAAGGUGUCGUGCUUGAUCUUCGCGCAACGCCGCCGCAAGUCCUGCAUGAGGAAGCUGUAAUUGCACCCUUAGAAGGAGAAGUAAUGCCGACUUCUUCAGAAAUCCCUCAUCCUCGUCCUCCUCCUCCUCCUCCACCUCCUCUCACCACCAAGACUUCUUCUACAUGUUCAAAUUGCUCCAGCACAUUUGAAAAAAUCACAACCGAGGAUUUCAUGCGUCACGUGGCGUCAUGUCCAGCUCAACCUCUUACAUAUGGCAGUGAUAGCGACGAAUCAAGCGUUCUAUCUUCUGCCCCAAACUCACCAUUUGUUGAUCGUUUUUCCAGGCUCAAGCCUCGAGAUGAAGAUGCCGCUGUGCGUGAGGACCUUGGCAAUCAAGAUCUUGGCGUGCUUCAUACCGGUCACCAAGUCGUUACUGACGGAAACCUCAAUGAGCAGUUGCUGAAGCAGAACAUGCGUCGCGAAUUUUCCAAAGUUUCUGCCUACGUCAAAGGAGAGUACACUAUCUACGAUUCCGAGGAUGAGGAAGACAUGCCGGAUGCUUCGGCUGCUCCGUCUGACACGGAAGACCCGAGAGCCUCCCCCGUACCAAAUGGCAAAUCAAGUCUUCAAGCAUAUCAAAGCAGCAAGUCCGGAACCCGAACUCCAGAGACCUCUGACGAAUUUGAUGGCACGGAAUCUCCACAAAAAGCCGAGAUCCCAACCAGUCACCCCACGCCUUUGAUCGCCAAAGACGCUGCAGCCUUAGCGAAGCGAAGUCAAUCUCCCAAAGAUCUUGGAAGCAGUUCAAAUACCCUCAAAGUAUCCGAGGCCACAUUCAGUGCUGUACCAUCACAACAGCCAACCCCUGAGAUCAAGCCAACACGCCUAAACAAGUCUGGAAUUAAGUUCAAGAAAUUAACGCCCAUCUUGACUCACGUGAACUAUCUUGAGAACCCGGAAGACAUGUCAUACGAGACUCUCUAUUAUCGUGCCUCUGUAACUACAAAGGUCUUGUUCAAGUUGCAAGAAGAAUAUGAUCUUUGCGACAAGGAGACCAGCGAUUAUGAAAUUGCCAAGAAGUAUGCGGCCAAAAUCGCUGCUGAGGCAAAGAAGGAAGAAGAUGAGAAGCUCUCUGCUGAAAGUGAUGCCGAGCUGCUGAGACUUCAUGCUCAAUACCGAGAGCAGUUGAGAAUGUCGUUCAGAGACUACAACGCCUGGGUUAGCGGACAAGAGGAAGCAUCCGAUCCUGAUGUGGUCCCUCCGAUCCACUGGGAAUUCAUGAGGAAUAUAAAGAAUCCUGAUAUCAUGGGAAAAGUCAACAAGCGAAGAAAAGCAAACGAGAAAGAGGCGGCCAAGCCUGUUACUCUCCUCGAAGAUACUCCUUUGCCUGCAUUGAGACGCGGUGAUGAUGAAAUUCGUAAGAAGCGAGUUCUCUUCCUAGACCCAGUCGUCUUUGAAGAUCGGAAGACGGCCGACGUCUACAUGGCCGAAUAUAGCAAGAAUCGCGAUGCCAUUGGCUUUCAGGUCUUCAAGGAUCGCCGGGUUACCGUUCCCACGGAAGAGGUAGACGAGAACGGCAGACCGAAGAGAAACAGGGGAAAGCGUGCUUUGGACACUGAGCAGACAAACACUCCCGGUGACUCUGGGGAUGAAGAUGCCCCCCUUGGCAAGCGGAGACGAACUACAAGAGUUGUUCAGGAGUUAUCCACCUCGCCUGCUCGCCGUGCAAAGAUUGCUACGCGUGAAGGUACCCCGCACGUUGCAACUUUCAAAUCCGGUAAGAGGAUUGGUCGCCCGCCAAAGCCCAAAGGAGAGGCCGCUGCCACAGUACCAAAAACAGCUCCCAAAUCCAAACUCCAACAAUCCCAUCUUCCUCCUGCCUCAGAGCCAGGCGAUCGCGAGGAGUCUGAAGAUGAACUCCCGGGUGUAGGAUCCCGAGAGCUCGAGGAAGGUCAAGAAGCUGAGCUCCAAGAGGCUGCCGAGGCCCUUGUUCAGCAAACCCAGGAGCAACCUACUAAUGGCAAGAAGAAUACCAAAAUCGUCUUCAAAGUCAUAAGCGACGAGGAUAAGAAAUCAAGGAAUGCUGUCAAAUCUUCUCCCAAGAAAAAAGGUGGCCGCGCAGCUGCAAAGCCAAAGGCCGCCCGUGGUGGACGGGGAAAGAAGGCUGUGGCCCAAGAAAGUCAUAUGGGACUUGGUGAAAACAAUGAAAUCAUCCAGUCUACAGAGCAGGAUGACAUGCCUGCGCUCUAUCCUUCAGCCAAAUCUCGACCCUCAACUUCGUCUUCUGUUGCGACUGGCUCAACCAGUGGCCAUGCUAGCAGAGCCGCCUCCGGAGAAGACACUCGUGAACAGACGACACGAGGCGUGACUGCAACCGUCAACGAAGUCGCAAAAACAAAUAACCCCAAGGAGAAGGGUGGGAAGCGGAAGCGUGCUGUGGUCGCUGACAGUAUCCCUGCACCUGUUCAGCCAGCCGCUCCCGCUCCCAAGAAACGAAAGACAUCCGGAAAGAAGCACGAAGAGCUCAUCCCCAAGGCAGAGGAGGACCUAAUGGUUACCCCUGACCCUGCUGGUGAGAUGAACGGCGAAAACUCUACCACCGCUAGUGGACGACCCAAGCGGAAGAGAGCUGUUACGACCACUGAGUCUGUCUAUGUGUCUCAUCCGAUAGGAGACGAAGAUGAGUUCACUCAGGAAGAAGCUUUACCAGCACGACCAAAGCGCCGCAAGGCUGGCAAAGCUCGUGGCGUCAAGAAGGGCAAGCAUUUCAAAGAGGAAGCUAGUGAGUCCGAGUACAACAGCGAUGCUGGCGACGGUCUUGACGAAGAAGUCGCCGAAGUACAGCCCAAGAGGCGUGCAUCUCGUGUUGGUGUCAAGAAGAACUUUGCUGAGCCGACAGAUGACGAUGAUGAAGAGGCCGAAGUCGAGGACAAGAUUGCGCCUUCGCCCAAGAGACUUACCUUCAAGGCAAAGGGUAAGGGCAAAGGAGCUUCGCAGGAGGCUUCUCGGGCUCAAAAUAGUUCAUCCGUAACGAAUGCUUACGACGAUCUAACAUGUCCAGGCUCCGAGAUUCCAGGUGUUACACAGACUUCCACUGAUAUGGACCUUCCACCAGCUGCGCCAGAGCAGCGGAGAAUGCCCGUGAAGAAGGCUGCACAACAGACUGCUAGGCCAGAAAACGGCAUAGAUCAUACAGGCUUGGUCAAUGAGGACGACGGAGAUGGAGAUACGGAUGCAGCCGCCGCAGAGGCAUUGAGAAAGAAACUCGAAAAGAGUAGAAAGCUUUCGGCGUCCACGGCUUUGAGAUGGCGGACAGGCCAGAUGGCUGUUCCAAUGGCCAAGAGAAAUGCUACGAAUGCCAACAAGAAGGCCGAGAAGAAUACGGCGGCACACGCUACCCAUGACAGCCACUUUGAUGCUCCGUACCAUGGUGGUGUCCCAGCUUCAACUUUCCCGCCGAGUCAAUUCUUCAUGGCGAUACCUCCACCGAUGCCAUACCCGAACACCACCUACGCUCAACCGCCGCCGCCGUCUCAGUAUAAUCAUGCCUACGCACACCCGGGCCCCUACCAAAAUCUACACGGGGGGGGUCCCUUCUCCAUGAUGAAUCCUGGCGCUCCAAACCAAUACCCUCAUGGGCCUGGAAUGUAUCCAUAUCCAUCCCACGCGCCACACCCUCAGCAUCUACAAUAUUCUGUUCCACCACCUCAAGCACCAAUCCCAAUUCCAGUAGCCAUCCCACAAGCUCCACCUCCAGAGCCCCGCCGACCAGCGACGAAGCGAAAGCCAGGCGGAGCCAAGAAGCCUAGCAACAACGAAGACAUGAUGCAAGCCGAAGCACACCCUCCACCCGCGGCCAUUCUCCCACGAAACUUCUACUCGCAAGCCGCGCCCGCACCUGCCGUGAACAGCACCCGUGCCCGCAGGCCUUCCCGUCUCGCCCUUGGCCACGACGGGGCAGGCGAUGAGCGCGACGACGUGGAGCCUCGCAAUCAUCAAUUCAAGAGCGAGUAUGAGCACUACCAGGCCCUCUCUGCGCCGCGCACGCCGUAUACGCUGGGAAAGCGCCGGCGGAGGCCGGUGAUGGACCUUUCUUCCAUAAAUAAUGACGACGAUGACGACGAGCUUUGA